AUCUCAACUGCAGAUUCGUUUAAACAGUGGGAUACUUGUAUGAAAAAUAAAACCUGUCAAGCAGUUUCAUUAACUGGAAUUACUUUAAGCUGCUUGUUGUUUAUUUUAUUGAUUUUUUUAAUAAUAAAACAUAUAAAUAAAAUGAAUAAAAAAGUUGAAGAACAGUUAUACACUUCAAAUAUGAUUAUAACAAACUCUACAAAAGAAAAACAAACAAGCAAUAGCAAUUAUGUUUAUCGAUAUAGCACCCCUGGCGAUUUUUAUACUAGGUUUUUUGGUCCUCCAGAUGUUUAUAGAUUAAAAUCCCAUAAAAAUCAAAGAUCUAUUCAGAUACUAAAAGAAAAUGUUCCAUUUGAUACUCGUAAUCAAAAUGAACCUAAAGAUCAAAGCAACACAGAAUUCGAAGAAAUUGAUAUUAAAGAUGAUGACUAUGAUGAUGAUUAUGAAGAGGGAAGAAGGAGAAGCAGUCUACUGAGCUAUGAAUAUAUUUAUAAUAAUUCUUAUACAAACAGAAAAGGUGUUCUGAAUAAAGGUUCCGAUUUUGGCUCAGUGGUCUUGCCUGCAUUAAUUGAGAGCAAUGGAAAUUCAAUUGUUACAAACUUGAGUGAUAAAGAGUUGAAAAGUAUUGCCAGCACAAAUAAUAUAAAAACUAAUCAGUCAAAUUUAAGAUAUGAACAAAAUAACAAUGAAAAAAAUAUAGACCAACAGAGAACAAAAAACCCACAAAAAACAAGUGAAAAUGAAAAAUUAGAAAUUUCUCAAACUGAUCCAAUAAAAAUUCCUCCCAAGAGAAAUAAUCCUCAUUAUUCCGUGGAUUCUUUAGGUGAUAAUCCUUUUAAAGCCUUUUAUCUGUUUAAAUACCCCAAUAAUAUUUUUCGUUCUAAAUCAUCAAAUGAAAAACUGCCUGUAUAAUUUAUUUUUUUUGUUUAAUUUGAUGUUACUAAUUUGAU